AUGUGCACGUUUUGUGUUUUAUUUGCCAGGGAUUUCGGAGGAAAGGAAAAUCAUCAACGAUUGGGAAUCUUAGUUAAUAAGCCAUUUAAUAAUUGGAAAAAAGCUAUUGAAACUUUAUCUCAUCAUAGCACAACACAAUUUCAUAAAAAUAGUAUUUGUGGGAAAAUGAUUCAAGAUAAUUUAGUUUGUAAAAUUAAUGCAGCGAAGUCGUUUUCGGUUCUCGUUGACGAAACUACCGACAUAUCACGCAUAGAGCAAUUGACUCUUUGUAUUAGAUAUAUAGAUUCAGUAGAGACAACUGAUACUAUUAAUUAUGUUUUACGUGAAGACUUUUUACAAUUUGUACCGGUUCAUAGUACAACUGGUCAAAACCUAGCCUCUGUAAUAAUAAAUUCAUUACAAGCACUUGGAAUUAACGAUAAAUAUAUGGUCGGUCAGGGUUAUGAUGGCGCUGCGUCCAUGAGUGGAAAUCUCAAAGGCGUCCAAACUAUUAUAAGGGAAAGUCAUCCAGCAGCACUUUACGUGCAUUGUAGUGCGCACUCUUUAAAUUUAGCGCUAGCUCAUUCGUGCAAUGUUCAAUACGUCAGAAAUUGUAUUGGUACAAUAAAAUCUAUUGGAAAUUUCAUUAAAAGUUCGGCUAUGCGGAUAAAUAUAUUAAAAACUAAAAUAAAAAACAUUUUACCUAAUACCAAGUGGACUAAACUGACAUCAAUGUGUGACACUCGUUGGGUUGAAAACCACAACGGAAUUCAAAGAUUUGUUGAAAUUUUCCAACCCAUUGUUGAAACUUUGGAAGAAUUACAAUUAGUUCAAGACAUCAAUACGUCAUCAAAAUCAAUUCAAUUUUAUCGAGCAAUAGUUACUAGUGAAUUUAUAUUAAGUAUGAUUACAUCAAAUACUCUGUUUUCAAUGAUACUUCCACUGUGUAAAAGUUUACAAUCAGUUAGCUGUGACUUAGUAGAAGCUGUACAACAUAUCGAGACAAUACUAAACGAAUUAAUUCAUUUACCUAUUGCAAUACCAUUUUUUGAUGAUUUUAUAAGACAAUUAAAAGAACGCUUCACUAACCAUAAAAAAAUAAUAUUUUCGCUGUGCUUUUUACUUCCCAAUAAAUGUACUAAUUCUGAAUUAGAAGCAAGUGAUUUCGAAUUAUACUCAGAGUUUUUAGAUUUGGAUGCACUUUCGAACGAGUUAAAACUUUGGAAAAAAAAUGGUGUGAUAAACCAAUCUCCUGAACGAUCUCCUGAAAUACUUGAAGCAUAUUCAAAUUUAACUACGGUGACACCGGAAAGAACUUUUUCGACGCUGAAAAGAAUAAAAAAUUACCUAAGGAAUGCAACUGGAGAAGACCGAUUGACUGGCCUAACAUUACUCAGUGUACAUAGGAAUAUCAUUGUAGAUCCAGAAGAAAUUGUCCAGAUUCUCCGUGGUAAAUUGAAGCCAGGUUGUUUGUUUGUAGGGUUCUUAAUGAGCCAAGAGUUGCUUAAUUCUGAUUUUUCCCAUUCAUCUUUCCAUCAUUGUACUGCGUCAUAUUUGGCAGUGAUAAGUUUAAUAGCAGUUUCCCACGGAGGUUUACGUGACUUAAGUCGGCGUAUGCAUAGGUUGUUACAGAAUUUAGAGUGUUCAUGA